UCUUGCACAUUGUUAAUAAUAUGGCCCGUUGCUAGGCAUAAUAAUGAAUAACAAAGAUUUGGUGUCAUAAUAAUUUGUGUUUUGAUAGGAACUGUGGCAUAAAUCUCCAAAUCUAGAUUAAUAGAAAAAUAAUUUCCAGUGCAAUGGAUUGUUUUCAAGGAAUGAAGCAGAAGUUCCUUGCAUGUAUAAAUACUAACAACGAAGGACUUCUUUUUAAUCGCAAAGAAUUCAUCAUAUACAUAAUCUUUCUUGUGACGGUAAUGAUAGGAACAUACGUGAAGACAGACAACAUGAACUAUUGGAACACAAAACAUGCAGAUGAUUUGAUUGCGAAAAAACAGUUUGAAGAUGUUAUUAAAGAAACAAACUUCAAAGACUUAUCAAGUAUAACUCAUUUCUGGAAGUUUGCAGAGACUAUAAUGAUUGACGGUAUAUACGGGAACUACAAAGAUGAUACGCAACAACCAGUUGGAUAUACGUUGCAAGAUAGUAAGAUGAUCGGAGUAGCAUUCCUACGACAGGUAAAAGUGAGAAAUGAUUCAUGCAUAGUACAAGAAGUAUUCCGGCGAUUAUUCCCCGCAUGUUAUGACUUAUAUUCACCUGCAAAAGAAGAUAAAGAACCAUUUGGGCCAGGAAUCGGAACAGCGUAAGUUUUCAGUCAACAUUUUCAGCACACUACUUUAUUGAUGUAAUUCAAAAUAUUCCCUUUAUGUUUAUAGGAAAUCAUAUGAAGGAUAUGGUAAAUACCACAGAGUUGCCUCUAUAAAAGUGCUUGGAGAAUUGGAACUGUUUUUAGCAGAUAAAUUUGGUUUAUUUUACAAGACGGUCCUUCAAUGUCCAUGUAGUACAACAAAAUUUUCUGUUUUCUUUAAGACUCUUCUUCAAAAGAGUAAUGUACUAUAGUGUGUGUAUUAUUUAGUCAAUUCACAUUAAACGUCUGAAGCUUGCAGACAAACAUUUAAAGUAGAAAACUGGUUAUGAACAAGAAAAAUAUCCUUCGGCCUUACCGCCACCUCAUAUGCAUUUAUCAGAUGUUACAGUUUACACUAAUUCCAGGAUCAUCAAUUUGCAAGGAUG